CCAGAAAUAAGGAAAACACAGAACUGUUGUGAGUGGUAAGAAUAAAGUAUUAUUAUUCUUUGUGCCAACACUUGUUACGUGCCCUUGACAGAUAGGUGCGGAGAGUGGACGCCUGAAAUUUGAUGUUUCUUGUUCCUGCACAUUUAAAUUUUACUUUAAAACGAAAUAACAAGAAUCAUAAUAUGGACCGAAAUAUUAGUUCCUGAAAACUGAGAGCCCAGAAUACUAAGGUCAAACUUUCGGCACCUGUAGCACUGCCUGUCAGUCAAGGGCUGAAUACUGAAAAUGGCGUUAUCCCCGUCAAGACUAUGGUAUUUGAGAGGUUCGACGUUGGAUCCUCAGAAAGAGAAAAACCCAACUAGUUCCCCAUCACAUUGGAAGGACGCUGUCGAAUUUCUGCAAACCCAUCAAGCACAACGACAAGCCAGUAGAUUGUUCCACCGAAGAGCGUGGCAAUGGGUCCUUAGGGCAAUCGUCUGCGCCAUUGCAUUGGCAGGCUUCGUAUUUGACACCUAUUUUUUCUUGAAGCAUUAUUUCGAAUAUUCUGUUGUUGUCAACCUCAAUGUUGAAAACGAAUGGAGACUGUAUUUCCCAGCAGUAACAGUAUGUAAUUUGAACAGAUUACGAAGAAGUGCCUUUAAUGACAAUGACGAUAAAUGCCAAGAAAAGUACAACAUUACCAAGAAACAAUGCCGUGAUAUGUUAAACAUGGAUAACCGCAUUAUCAAUGGUUUAGUGACAAAAUCAAAUAGAUUUAUCUUAUCAACUGCGGAUGUUCGAAGGAAGUACGCCUCCUGUCACGACAUUUUGUCUGAAGAACGUAUCAAUCUACAAGAAUUCAUAAAUGAGUAUGCAAAACUGCCGGACCUGGCGAGGAAAGAACUCGGACACUCCGCUGAAAACUUUAUUAUAGGAUGCACUUUUGAAGGUGUUAAAUGUAGCCCAAUCUCAUCAUGGAUUUUAAAGACAUUAAGUGUAGCCCGUUGUGUGUUUAUUGAAAGACGACUAACUUUGGAGCUGAAUUUGGAAACUGAUGACUAUUUGUAUUCCACGCCCUCUGUUGGGGCUCGUGUGGUUAUUCAUGAUCCAAGAGAACAGCCAAUGGCAGAAUAUCAUGGGAUGGAUAUCAGUCCAGGGUUUGAAACAUCAGUGGCAUUGAAGAAGAAUACAAUUCACCGACUUCCUGCACCAUACCAGGACAACUGCAAGGAAUAUGAUAUCAAUGCUGAUAAUAAUGGGUUGACCAACGACCAAGAAGGCUGUAUUCGUCAAUGUAUCCAGAACGUCACUGUGGCUCUUUGUAACUGUGGAGAUCCAACUUUACCACUAUACGGCGUUUCAGAAGCUUGCGAUAUCUCAAAUCACACACAAGUCUGCUGUCUGGAUGAUGUGUUAGAAUACUUCAACAAAAACAGACUGUCAUGUGACUGCCCUCUACCUUGUGUCAAAGACAUUAUCGACACCUCCCUAUCAAUGGCUGAAUGGCCGUCUCGAGCAGAAUUUAUUAAAAUU